UGGGGCACGAGGCUCUCCCAGGAGUCACGUGGUCCUUGCUUCAGUGCCGCGUGCCGGGCCCGGAGGGACAGCCGCUUGUGCGCAGGCGCAGUGCUGCAGUGAGCAGAGUCAAGCUGUCUAAAGCAGACUGGAGGCGUGCGAGGGAGAACAUUGCAGAGCAAGGAGGGUGGAGAAACAGGACGUGUGUUGCCGAGCUCUCCUCUCGGGGAACAGUCUGGAUAGCUGCAGCGCUGCUCGUGUUUUGACAGGAGAUACUGCAGAGUGAACAGCAUUCCAGUAAAGGGUGCACUGGCAUAUAAUUUUUUUUUUGUGGAUCUUCAUAGAUUCAUUCUGCCAAAAUCCCGUUGAUUUAGCUCCUGAUUGGCAGUGCUAGUGUGCUCCACGGCUGGCUGCAGUCCUAUGCUUAUUGUCAUUUUGGUAACGCAGAGGGCAUCAGACUCAUCACCUCUGCAGGACGCAGCUCCCAUUUUUUUUCUUAAAGGAGCAUCUAGAGUAGAACAAUAUAUAUUUGGUUCACCAAUGCAGCAGCUGCUGGCAAAAUAUUCUAUAAAUUCUCCAUGUAAAAGGAAUUACUACAGUGGAUCGCUGCACCCAGGGGGUAUAUAAAGGACACGAGGACUGCAGUGUAAUAUUAGACGUCUUGCGGUGAAUGAUCCCGGAAUUUCAACCAUGACCACUAUGGAUUGCAGUAACAACACAGGUGGAGUUAUAAGUUAUGUCGGCUCUAGUGGCUCAUCACCCAGUAGGACCAGCCCGGUCUCUCUGUACAGUGAAUGCUCAACUGGCAGCCCUCAAGGUGGAGCCCCUCACUAUCCAUCAUAUCUGCCGCCUUCCCCUUCCCACUCUUAUAGCGCCAGCUCCUCUGGCUCAGGAGGGGAGACUUCUCCACGCUCAUCAUAUUGCCUGGCUUCUUCUCCAGGAGGACUUCAUGUGGCGCUAGAUGAUGGCAGUCGUGUAUCCCCGAGCAAAACAUCCAGCAAUAUCACAAAGCUGAAUGGAAUGGUUCUGUUAUGCAAAGUCUGUGGUGAUGUGGCCUCUGGAUUUCAUUAUGGUGUACAUGCCUGUGAGGGCUGCAAGGGUUUUUUCCGACGCAGCAUUCAGCAAAAUAUUCAGUACAAGAAGUGUCUGAAGAAUGAGACGUGCUCCAUAGUGCGGAUUAAUAGAAACCGUUGCCAACAGUGCCGCUUUCGAAAGUGUCUUUCUGUGGGCAUGUCUAGAGAUGCUGUGAGGUUUGGACGCAUCCCAAAGAGGGAAAAACAACGGAUGUUGGCAGAAAUGCACAGUGCUAUGAGUCACAUUGCUGGUGGCCAUUUUGGGAGAAGGAGUCCUGUUCCACUUCAGCCACAGCAACUUCGACCUUCCACUCCUCCCCACUUGGGUCCAACCUCCUGUCCUUCACCACCUUCGAUCCCAGAAGCCUAUCCCCAUUACCCACAGCAACUGACACCUCCUCGCUCUCCCAGUCCAGACCAUGUCGAUGAUGUUAUAGGUCAAGUGACCCAGGCUCAUCGACAGAUAUUUGUCUACGCCCAUGAAAAAGUGAGCGGAAAGUUAGCAUCAUGGGAGCACCAUGACGUCUCUCCGUCAAAAUGUUGGACGCAAGACAAUGGAGAAACCAGAGGCAAUCGCAGUGUCUUUCUGGCAUGCCCCAUGAAUGCUCUGCCCCGUGGAGGAAAACUCUGCUCUGUACAGGAGGUGUGGGAAGAUUUCUCUCUCAGUUUUACCCCAGCUGUGCGAGAGGUGGUUGAAUUUGCCCGUCACAUUCCUGGUUUCCAAGACUUAACUCAACAAGACCAAGUCACCUUGCUAAAGGCUGGUACAUUUGAGGUUCUCAUGGUCCGAUUUGCCUCCUUAUUUGAUGUGCGUGAACGCUCUCUCCGCUUCCUCAGUGGAGCUACAUAUUCUCUGCCAGAGCUCCAAGCUAUGGGGAUGGGUGAGCUACUGAGCUCAAUGUUUGACUUUAGUGAAAAACUGGCGUCUCUCAACCUGAGCCAAGAGGAGCUGGGGAUCUUCACUGCGCUGGUGCUCGUAUCUGCAGACCGUUCAGGGAUGGAGAAUGCCUCAUUGGUAGAGCAGCUGCAAGAGACUCUCAUACGUGCCCUUCGCUCUCUCAUCUUUAAAAAUAGUCCAAAUGACACUUCCCGUUUCACCAAACUACUGCUGCGACUGCCCGACCUGCGAACCCUUAACAGCAUGCACUCUGAGAAACUGCUGUCAUUCCGUGUCGACACACACUGAUAGCAUGAUGGGAUCUCCGUAGAACUGCUAAAGCAUGGGCACUAAAAUAAUAGGGGUUUUCUGGUGUUGAAGUCACACUGUCACUUCCUGUGGAAGGCUAGAUCACACAGCUACGACCUCAGGAGAGAGAUGGGUGUUGGAAAAUGCUUCUAGACUAUAUCUCCAUUACAGUGAUGAUGGCUUGAGAGGAGAGUUUCCCAAGAUAUCACUAGCAUGAACUGUUCCGUGGAAGGGUGGGGUAUAAGACACUUAUGAAAGGCAAAACCUGCAGAGCAAUGUAUAUAUUUAUAUACAUAUACAUCUGUAAAUAAUUUACUGUCAUACAGUGUAAACCAUUGUGUAAAUAUAUGUGUGUAUAUCAGAAGUUGUGCUAAAUAUAAAUAUUUUAUGACUA